CCUCAAGAGCGAGAAAGGAUAGCCAGGGUAGCCUACCUGCCAUCUUGAUUUCAAAUGUAUCGAGGUGGUGGUCGGGGUAUUUAGCGAUGGGGGAAGGGAGACCGUCCCCCCUCCCCCCUUUAAGUAGAUUUGGCACAUUAGAAACCAAGAUGGCCGCCCCGUAAGGGAAAAGCCCUGGGAACGAGGUUGAACGGGGAAGCGGGGGUGCGAACAUUUUAGGGAUUGGGCCGUGUCGGGGGUUCCUAAGGUUUUUGACCACAAGAAACAGACAUGACUUAAGCCACUUCAAGGUUGUUUACCACUUACGAUUAAAAAAAUGGCAAAAACUGGUGAGUUCGUUCACGCGCACGGUUUGGGCAAAUGGCAUCAAAAAUUGAUUAUCAACCAAAGAAAUACGAGCGCAAAAACAAGAACCAGUAAAGAGUGUUGCCCACCGGGUAGGCUGUAGAACGGGCGUCAGUAAGUAGGAGGUGGGCGGAAUGCACUUUGUCCCUCCACACGUGUCUACUUCUCGUGCCCCUCGUCCGCCGCCUAGCGUUCACUUUGGGGCCUUCUCUCGCUGACACCUGCUCUGUGUGCAUUUCACCCACAGACAAAGGAGUAGAAGGACGCUUAUCCCGUCCUUAAGUCAAAUAAUCGAGGUAUAACUGAACAUGGCAGCUUGCCAGAAAAAUAUUAGUUCAUGAUAUUGCGUCUUUAAAACUCAGAAGACCGUGAACACUGGGAAAGAUUUUUUUCUUGUGGGGAGGGAAGGGGGUAAAACAAUACUGAAUUUUCAUACUGCCAUUUCAUUAUUUCUUGAUCCAAUUUUCCCUUGCACGAUACCCUUGUCCCACAAUUUUUGUAAUGGUUCAUCUCUUUAUAGUAGUUGCAAGGAAAAAACCAUAUAGUUAUAAGGAUUGAGAAAAGUAACCAACAAACGGUAACAAAAAUAGGUUUGUAGCCCUUCGUGGUUUUCAAGUUUGUUUCGUGUCCUCAGCAGACGUUUUUUUUCUCCGGGGGGGGGGAGCCAAAAGCAAAAGGGAAGAAAAGACCCGUGUCCUUAUUUUUGUUGUCAUUGGUCACCACACAAUAGACAUUCCUGAAAUAUCUUUACGGUUUCUGAGUUUUGCAAUAACAACUUUUGGUUUUUCCGUCCGCGUGAAAUGUUAUAGGCACGCAUGAACCUCUAACCACGUUUUUUUCAUAGAUGAAGUUUUCCACGGAUGAUAAUUACACGGUGCUAAUGUUUCAGGAAUGGCGGGUGACAUCGAUAACAGGUAAGCCGGCCCUGACCUUGAUCUUCAAACUCAGUGCAACAGCAAUGCAUGUUUCAUCCUAAAUCCUAAAUCUGCAUGCGGUGGAUCUAUGUCAUCUAUCUGUGAAUAACUUAGGUUAUGUACUGAAGACAAUCACUGUUAGAAACCAAAUUUUAGUUGUUUGUUUCUUAAUCGACUUUAAGUAAGAAAGGCAACGAAAUUCUUUUCAUGUCGGUCAUAAAACAUCAGAGAUCAGAAUGAUGGUCGCCAGUGGCGCUGGUUUCCUAAGGCCGCCUACAGAGUGCAAAUUGCGCUCUAAAAGGGGAGCUAGAAUUAGCUGAUAAACCGGUGGAAUAAUAAAAGGUAUACUUUAUUUUCCAUUUGGGCAAGAACACUGAUAAGUCAAGUCAUCAUUUAAUAAUUAAUGUUGAUACACGGGAUUCAUUUGUGACAAGAUAAGAAAUUUUUAAUUAAUUAUGUACCUUCGAGUACUUUGAGUAACAAUAAGAUGGGGUUAUUAAAUUUGACCCGCGGAACUUCGGGCAUGUGGCGUCCGUACAAAGGAAAGAAAUUCAACAGCAGAAAAGAAAAUCGGAUAUCUUCGCACUAACUUUUGACUGGAUAGUAAUGCACUUCACAGCUAUUAUUAUUUUCAGUUCUCGUAUUCGAUUGUUUUCUUUUUCUGACUUAUUAUUAAAUUAAAGGUCCUCAUUUUACGUCGGUAACUCGUAAUAAUUCUUAAUUACGCGGACAAACCUGAGGCCAGUGGAACGCUCAUUUUUCCCGCCUCUCUCCAUCAGUGCUCCGUUGUACGGUAUUUAAAAUCUACUUAAAGCCUACACGUUGGAGUGGGGGGGAGGGGGGGGAAGGAGUCGAAACAAGGAGCUAUUGUAGGUCACACCUUCAAAUCGAAAUUAGAAACUCCCGCACAGGAGGCCGGGCACUAAUCGACUGUGUUAAUCCUUCCUGUGUUAUUUUUUGUGCACAUGCUUUGCCUUGGAUAAAACCUCAAGCAGAUUUUCAGCAAUGUCGGACCUGGCCUUUUUCAAGACUAUGGAAUGCGAGAAGGAGUCAACACCUACUCCUCUCCCAUACCCCCACUACCCACUACUCGCCCUUAACAUGCAUAAGUUCACACUGGCAUUCUACUUAAUUUCAAGUCCUUUAAGAGACGCCUGUUCACAUGCUGGCUCGUUGUGUUCCGUUAGAAAGAUCAGGAUUGUUCAAAGCAAUACCCAGUUUCUACAGCAGAACCGUAUUUACUGGAGUAAGCGCCGCGGCGCUUUUUAAAUUUUACACGCCUCAAGUGCGGCGCUUAUUCGAUGGGCGGCGCUUAUUUGAGAGUGGCCUGUAUUUGAAAGUUGGACACGAUAAAGGAUUGCGUUCAAUACGGUAUUAUCAUCUUCCCUAUUAGAACUAAAUAUAGAAUUAACGUGCUUGAAUUUGGUUAUUUUGAUUAUAUCAGGGCCACGGCGCUCAUUCGGGAGUGGUGCUUAUUAACAUCUCUAUCCCGAAGCACUCUGCUCCCGAAGGGCUGCGUUUAUUCGAGUAGAUAGGGUACGUCAUCAUCUCUUACUCUUUGGUACCCUGUGUAUAUGACCUGCCUUUUUGGAAUUGCUAGAUAUUAGUGGAUCACUUGUGGCAGUUCUUGCUCUGGCCGUCCUGUACGAGUGUUUGAAAGGACUCCACGUAACGCUGCGAUCCUAUAUGAAAUGGCGUUGGCAAGAUCCGUUGUCCAAUAGCAUAAUUUACAUCUUGUCGAGGUGAGAUUCAAAGAUUAUUACUAGUAGGAUAGAAGUCGUAGAAAUAGAAUACCAUCUAAGUGGUGACAAGUUAUGGCCUGCAUUUACAUUUUUCGCCGGCAAAAUAGACAGAAUAUUUAGACCACCUCCCCUCCCCCCAAAUAAAGGACGAGAAAAUGACAGGUGUUGUGCUUCGCUUCAUCCUUGAUUUCGGGGCCUUGUAGGGGAUUUUUGCUGAUCCAUUUUCUUCUGUCCAAUCACGAAAAUAUCGCUAAGAAAAGGGUGGGGAAGCAGUUUCUGCGGGGUUGGUAUGCCGAAAAAUUAUACAGAGCAAAACUACGAUUUUGGCAAACAAACAUUUUUUAGUGCUGCUAUACAGCCUUUUGGGCGUCGUCUGUUUUAAUUAAUCGUCCAUUAAGGGAGCUGGGCUCCAUUAAACCAGCAUAUCACGCGUAUUUUGGAGGCGGGCGGAAGCUACUUUUUAGGUUGUGUGGCCGCCAUCUUUGAUUUUGUAAUAGAGGAAGACUCGCCCAAAUCUCCUCAACUUGUUUAAAAUCCCACGUGGCUGUUACUUGAGCAGAAAUAUUCGCGCACCCGAAGAAAACGUCUGUAAUGAAGACCAGCCUUCAUUUGAAAUUAAUUGUUUAUUUUCCUCUACAGGCUAGACAUUAUCAUGCAGUUUGCAAAGACGUUCAUGUCUGUGGUGGAACUUUUGUUCGGUUACUUCCUGAUGUUGAUCGCUAUGACGUACAACAUGUGGUUCUUUAUAGCUGUUGUGAUUGGUCGCGGGCUGGGCUACUACAUUAUAACUCCACUUAUCGGUUCACAUAUUUCAAGCAGUAGGUAUACUGAUGACGGUUAUUAUAACAUUCCACGAGAUUCUCCAUUAACGAAAGGAAAGCGUCAGCCUUUAUUAGAGAGAGCAGAUGUCUAA